AUGUUGUUACUAUUGGUACGAGGAGGAGUUCUACACCCCCAAGCAUUGUUUCCUCUGAAAGUUGGAGUGGAUCUGACAGAACGAGCUCCCGACGUUGUUGAUGAAACUGACAUCUGUAACACCACCUUUGCUGUUGCUAUUGCUGUACAGAUCUGCAACACCAGAAAUGCUUCUGAAAAAGUCUGCAACGUGAUUCUAAAUGUUGCUGUCCUUGAACAGAUCUGCAACAGAGGAACUGUUGCUGUUUCUGAACAGAUCUGCAACACGAUAACUGUUGCUGUUUCUGGACAGAUCUGCAACAUGAGAACUGUUGCUGUUUCUGAACUGAUUUGCAGCACGAGAACUGUUUCUGAACAGAUCUGCAAUACUUUGACAACUGCUGCUUCGGCUAUUCCAGAAAACUUGUUUUCAGCUGCUCUUGAUGUCAGUGCUCUUGCGCCGGUGAAGAAUACUUUUGGUAAGCCUUCUGAUACAACUUUAGCAAAACAUUCAUUGUUAAGGGAUCCUUCCUCGCCCAAACGGAAAUCUCCUGACGCAGACACAGACAGUCCCCAAGAGAAGGAGCGAAAGUCGAAAAUUCGUGCAGGUGGCUUUCAGUCGGAUCCGACGGCUCUCGUGACCUUCAGUUCUUCCAACGUUCGGAGUGAGAACGCCUUUGCCCAGCUUGUACAUAGUCAGAAAACGACGGCUCUUGCAGCAGAGGGUGGCAAUGCCGAGCCUCGGAGAAUGGCGGCUCUCGUGGCAGAGGGUGGAAAUGCUGAGCCUUCUUGCGGUGAAGAAGAGCCCGAAAAGGAGGAAAGCUCGGAAUCUAGUGAUGAUAAAAAUAGUUCUUCCGACAGCAGCACUGAGUCUUUUUCUAGUCGGUCUGAAAGUGAAUCAGGAGAAUCCGCUCCUGAAGAUGGCCCCGGGGUAGAAAACCGUGGAGAUACCGCCUUGUCUCCAAUCGUGGCAGCUGCGCCUGGCGAUCCGGAAAUGGAGGUCGAUCAAGAUGAAGAUGUUGUUGCGGCUCAAGUAGCGGAAAGUGCUCCAGCGACUGCUAGCGCAAUUGUAGUUAGGAAUCCCUUGUCGUUUACCGGUUCAGUUGUGGGCGCCGCUUUCGCUCCUCCAUAG